AUGGCUGAUGAUCAUGGAUCUGAGGGAUCAGAACAAGCCUGGUCUGCGCCUUCUCGCACCAGAGGCUACAGGAAGAAAUCCCUUGACAUAGUUAGGCUAGAGAGGGCUGGGGAUGCCGAUGGGGAGCUUCUUGCAAAGUACAAGAAGGCCUGCGCUAUAGAAGCAAUGGAGAAGCCGAUAGAGAACAUUGUAUUUAGGAACAGGCCCGUCAAGAUCAGAGACAGAAUGGAGUUUGAUAAUCUGGUUCUUCGUAACGUCAGAAAACGCAUAACAGCCCUGUCGCUUCCUGCAAGGGAUAGCAAGUAUAUGUUUGUGGGUGUCAAGGAAGGGUUCCGAGGAGAAUCUACGUUCAGGUUCUCGUCAGAAGCGUCGGAGGUCUAUUUGCUUGACCAGGAACUGAAUCUAAGGCAUGUCCUAAGCUUUGGAUUUGGAUACUGUAGAAGAGUGGAAACAAGGCAAGACGGGAGUGUUGUUCGAUGUGUUGCCUUGUUUAGCGACGGGUUUAUCCGAAGAUUCGACUUUGAGGAGAAUGUCAAGAACAUGGUGGAAGUUGAUGCAUGUGGAGUGGUGAGCUUUGAGAUCGACUGGGAUCAUGAUCUUAUUUUUGCAACCGACGGGACUACUCUCAUUUGGAUAUCCCAAAGCUCUGUUGUGUCUGUAUUCAGUGGGGUAAGGGGGAUGAUAGCCUCCAUAGCCAUCAAGAGAAAGCCACCAGAGGGGAAUAAGAGCGGCACGGGAUCUAUGGCAAACCACAGCCCUCCCGACAAAGUGCCUCUCGAGUUUUAUGCCCUGGGUCUGAACGGAAGGGUGCUUAGGUUUGAUUGUAGGUUUCAGGAAAGAAAAGGGAUAUCGUUUCCUUCUGGAUAUACCUUCAUCAAACACCUAGCCCAAAUAGACAUGGUUAUUAUUGUUGAUACGCUGAACAACAUUACAAAGAUCCUUUAUGACGAGGGAGAUUCCCAGAGAACUAGCACGAUGUUCAACCACUCCCUCUCUUGCUGCAGAUCCAACGAUAAGAGAAUCCUGCUUGGGGGAUUUGACGGAACUAUUAGGCAUGCAAAGGUCAACAAGAGGAAAUCCAGGACAAAGACCCUUUUCCAUCUGGCAAGGAACGGGGAUGAAGUUGUGCUUGGACAUUCUGAAGAGGAACUCAAAGCACUUGAUCCAAAGGGAAGGCCUUUCAACGACAGCUCUGAGAGAGUUGUGGAUCUGUAUAUCGGCAGGGAGCGCUUGUUUGCAGCAUAUGAGUGCGGGAUCAUUGUUGGACUAACAUUAUUAUGA